AUGGACAACAUACCUGAUACGCGUGUGAGCAUUUCCGAACCCGAUAUAGUACAAGAAGAUGAAGUCAAAUCACUUGACGAAAUAGAUACUAGCUAUGAUUUGGUAGCAAUAUCACCAAAUGCAAAAUAUAUUGUUCAGUAUAUUCAUAAUGACAAACAAAUUGUCGGAUGGAAUAUUCAAGACAACAAAGAAGGAAAAUUAAAUGAUACAGUUAAACCAUAUUGCGUUAUUGAUAAGGUUAACAAGUUGUGCGUCUCUGACGAAAACAUAGUAGCGAUCGAUCCAGAUGAGCGAUUUGAAAUGAUUGAUAUGAAAUAUCAGGAUCGAAUAGGAUUGCCUGAGUUUUUUAAUUUGGAGUAUCUAGCGAGAUCGUCAUUAUCGUCAUUUAACUUUAAUUCAAAAGGAGAGUUCAUUAUAACUUUAUGGGUAAACGAUAAUGGAUUUUCUAUAUUUAUUUAUUCAAAACAAACCAAAUGGAAAUGUCAAAAGAUUUAUAAUCCACCUGUUGGAGAGAUAAUUCUUAUAUCACCAAAAAAUGAAAUUUGGCUACGUAAGGAGAACUACAUAUAUGAAUUUAAUACUGAAACUGGUAAUACUAAAAUGUUUUCUAAAAACAUACACGGGGUUAAAAUGAAAGAUAUUAGAAUUUCUAGUAAUGAUAAGUUUACUUGUAUUAAGAUAAAUGAUGAAAUAAUAGUUUAUUCGAAUGAAUUGGACAUUCUUAUUGCGUCAUUGGAUUCAAAUGAUGGCAUGCGACUAUAUCAAUUUAUGAAUCAACAUACUGGCUCACAUUCUUCUUUACUCUCUUUAUUUGAUUAUCAAUUAACGAAAGAUAAUUUGCUAGUAAAGGAGAAUUUACCACUUCUAUUUUUUCAAAACCAUCUAUUUGUAAUCGUAAACGAUUCCGUUCUGAAAAUUAAACUUGAAUUGGAUUUAGAUAUUUAUUCUUCAUCAGAGGAAUUAAAAAUUUAUAAAGAUGUAGAAAAUUGGAUGGCAUAUUUCGGAAGCGAAAAAGUUGAAGAAAAAAAAAUUAUUAAUGAUUAUGAAUAUGAAAAUCCGUUUAUUCCAAAUAUUAAGGUUGAUCCAUUAUCUGACAGAUAUUUUGAUAUGGAAUCUCAAUUAAAUAAUAUUUAUGUAGAGGCUAUAGCGAAAAAUGGAAUUAUUGGAUUACGUGUUCACAAAAGAAUUAGUGAGCGAGAUAAAUGGGAUCUAGCUGUUGAACAUUUUCAAAAGUAUAAAUUUGAAGAAGUGUUAACUGUAAAUGAAGUCGAGAUAUUCGAAAAGAACGAUAUUGCCAUAUUAACUAAUAUUGGCAUUUUUAUUUUCAAUUUAAGUGAAAAUGAUGAAGUUACAUUAAAUUAUUUUCAUUAUAUAUAUUAUCCGAAGAAAAUUAGUUUCGACAAAUAUUUCGGAAAAAAAUCACAACUUAUCGAGCUUUCGUCCGAUUAUAAGAAACUAAUUAAUGGAUGGGUCUCAUAUGUAAACGAUGAUAAAAUAGGUUUUUACAAAUAUGGUCAAAACAAUAAGAUGUUUUUGAGUAUAAUUACUACGUUAAUGCCGCUAUUGAAGACAUAUUAUCCUGAAUAUCUUACAAGAUAUUCAUUGGAUACAAACUUGAUAAUAGAUUCCGUGGAAUAUAAAGUAGAACAAGAUCCUUGGGAAAUUACGACGAUUUAUUCUAAUCCUGAUCAAAAAGGAUUAACUGAUCCUAAACCAUCCAGUAUUCAAGCCCCUGAUGAAAAUACAAACAUGUUUAGUGAUUAUGGUACCUCCCUUUUUGCGAUAUAUUUAUUUUUAACAGGUGAUGCAAGUGCUUUAACCCCAUGGCCUUAUAAAGAUAAUAAAACGCUCAAUAAUGAAUGGGGAUCUGAUGAAUUUUCAGAGAUGAACGAAAAGCUUUUAAAAAUACUAAAUAUUCAAAAAUAG